CGGUGCCUGCCGGUGCUGGGCUACUGCCUGUGUGACACGGGGAGCUGGCGGGCUGUUGCUCCCCAGAGACCCCGCCAUGGUUCGCGCGGGUGCCGUGGGGGCGCAUCUCCCCGCGUCCGGCUUGGAUAUCUUCGGGGACCUGAGGAAGAUGAACAAACGCCAGCUCUACUACCAGGUUUUAAACUUCGCCAUGAUCGUGUCUUCUGCACUCAUGAUAUGGAAAGGCUUGAUCGUGCUCACAGGCAGCGAGAGCCCGAUCGUGGUGGUGCUGAGUGGCAGUAUGGAGCCGGCCUUUCACAGGGGAGACCUGCUGUUCCUCACAAAUUUCCGGGAAGACCCCAUCAGAGCGGGUGAAAUUGUUGUUUUUAAGGUUGAAGGACGGGACAUUCCAAUCGUUCACCGAGUCAUCAAAGUUCACGAGAAAGAUAAUGGAGACAUCAAAUUCCUGACUAAAGGAGAUAAUAAUGAAGUUGAUGAUAGAGGCUUAUACAAAGAAGGCCAGAACUGGCUGGAAAAGAAGGAUGUGGUGGGGAGAGCGAGAGGGUUUUUGCCGUAUGUUGGUAUGGUCACAAUUAUAAUGAAUGACUAUCCAAAAUUCAAGUAUGCUCUUUUGGCUGUCAUGGGUGCAUAUGUGUUACUAAAACGUGAAUCCUAACAUGAGAGGCUGAUCUGGGACGAGAAUGAAGUGAUUUCUGUUGAAAAAGAGAAAAACUAAUAUAUUUGAAAUGUUCCACUUUCUGUAUAAAAGGAAACCACGUGGAGACAUUUUUGUCUUGUCCAAAUAAAUGAUUCAUCA